AUGAGUGCGGCCACCAUGGUCAUCGAUGCACCCUCCAGGCAGGCGUCUUUAUCCCCCACACGCGCUGCACUGGCCAGCGCGUCGGAGAAAGCUGCGGCCAAACCAGGCCAGGUGAUUGUCGGAGCGCUGCGCAUUCGCGUAUUGCAGGCGAUCGAUUUGCCAUCACCGAAAGCUGUUGAAAAUGGCAUCGUAGUGACGUCGUCAUGGCUACCCUUUCCAGGACGCAGACCCUCGAACCACCCCACUUUACAGCAUGAAGCUGUGCCAGACAUGAUCAGCGUGUUAUUGCGGGUAUCAAACUCGGGAUUUUUCGCAACGGAAUCUCGCGCUUGGGCCAGUGCGAUUUGCUGGGAUGAAGAAUUUUACGUGGAACAAGUGAGCUCGACGGACGAGCUGGAGCUUUUCUGUGUAGACCGAAUGAGAAAUAAAACACACGCGCGUUUACCGCUUCAAGGCGAAAUCAGUUCAUGUGCAGGAUUCAUUGGAAAAGUAACUUUGCCACUAGCUCGGCUCCCAGAAGGACAGGAAGUAGAGCAGUGGUACCCUCUCGUACGGAAGGAUUCUUCGUCCGCGUUGCGUACAGCUCUACGAGUUUCGUUGUGUUUUGUGCCGAAUGGGGUACCAGCUUCUGCUUCCACAAGUCCUGAAAGAAGACGUGUGACGCCCACGUCAAUGUUGCCGCCGUCUCCAGCAACGGAGAUUUCCUCGGCAUCACCAGUGUCGAAACAAUUGCGAGUAGAGACGUCUGAAGCUGCAGCGAUUCCGCUUGAGACUGGGAUUAUCGACUAUGUAAUCGUGGUGGGGACUGCGGCUAACGACGAUAUCUCAGCGACUUUGGACGAGGCACAGGUGCGUUUCCGGUAUCCACUCACAGAUCGACCGGAUUUCCCUCUACCGACAAAAAUUGAGUGGUUUUGCUUCCCUGGUGGACCGGAGAUUGUCACUCAAGCUGAUCGGCCACCGAGUAAAUUAUUUUCAUUUGUACUGGUGGGUGGCGACGAUGGUCUGUGCAGAUGUUACGUCGUUUGUCUUGUGGUGUAUCAUCGCCACUCCAAAAGUAGAGGGGCCGAAGUGAACGAGUGGGAUGCAACGUGUGUGGCGUUUUUGACGCGGCUUCCGCUGAUUGAAGAGGUUACAACAUGUCUGCUCGCUGUGGCUCACGCUUGGAUCGCUGCAAAUGGAGACAAGGAGAAUAAUAUCACAGUGGAUACUGACAAGACUCGACUCGCAAAUACACGGAAGCAAUUAUGCAGUCUUUGUCACGAGAUCACGCUACCCAUUCGAGGAGUUUUUGGCGUCCAAUUUGCAGUUCACAGCCUCAAAGUUCGCCUUAUGGUGCCGUCCAUGACGUCAAUUUACACGAUGAAAGAGGCUUUGCUAGCACGACCAGAACUUCGACGUACAGCCUCAGCCCAAGGAGCACAGCCAUCUCCUACGAAAGCGAGAAGCUUCAUCGCUAUCCAGCAAGGUUUCCAGCCACUUGUGUAUUCGCUCGAGCCGAUUUUCCAGCUCUUUGACAUCAAGACGAUCAUCUAUCUCGUGGCACUAGUUCUCUGUGAGUAUCGGAUACUUAUCCACUCCACACAGCAGUCUCUGUUGUGUCCUGUCGCUGAGGGGCUUUGUGCACUCAUCUACCCAUUCCGUUGGCAACAUCCGUACGUGCCUAUUUUACCUCGAGUGCUUUCCGAAUAUCUCCAGGCUCCGCUCCCGUAUAUCCUGGGAAUUCACACGAGUUGGCUACAAAGUUUGCUGGAAAACGGGCGGCCGGAACAUCUCGUGGUGGUUGACAUCGAUCGCGGGACCAUCCAACUGCAGGAAUCCGGCGGACCUGUGCUACCUCACAAGUUAACAACAGCUUUUCAUCACCGGCUUAAGACUAUCUUACACCCGUCCUUAUUUGGAGAAAUGGAGAGCAACACUGAUGAUGCCCUGAAGCAAGACGAAGAACGACGCGAUAUCGUUGAGUGGGGCCCAGACACAGGGAAGCAAGUGCGUAUGGAGCUCGUGUGCUUCCUUUCUACUCUCGUGAGAGGCUACCGUGAAUGUCUAUUCUUUGUGAACCAGAAGCUGCCAGUGUUUAACAAACGCCGCUUUUUCGAGAGUGAAUCUACAGACAGUGAAGUGGCGCCGUUGGUGACCAGGUUGUUCUGCACACAGGCCUUCCAGUCGUUUCUGGAGAGCCACAGCUCAGCUGAGCUAAGUGUUUUCCAUUCCGUGUAUCUAACGCUUUGUCGAGGGCCGAAGGAUGCACAAUGGUCCCAGUCAACUCGCACAUUAUCAGCGUCAAAGAGCCAGCAUUCAUUCCUGGAUACAGGGCCAGCAAGAACGGAUAUACCGGUGCUGGAGACGUCGCAAACUCUGGGGAAGAAGAUUGAGGCGCUGCUAGAUGAGAAAAACGCAGUUCAGUGGGAUCCGUUUGCACUGGAGACUGCGACUGAAGAAGCGCUUACAGCUGCCUCGUCUAAGGCGAGUGGGAAAUUGAAUCACGAGCUUCUUGCACGAAAGCUUGGAGUGGAGCCAAAACUGCUCAAGGUAAACGCACAUUUACUGAAAAAUGCGCACCAAGUGAACCAGUAUCGUCUUCAUAUUGACAGCUCAGUGGCGGCUGCACUAGCCGGGUCGCCAGGUCCUGGCGGGCGUUUUCUAUCGUCCGAAGAUGAACGGAUCGAACAGGUGCUACACAAAUGCUUAACCGCGGUGUUCACAUCUGACGACACGCUAACUGAGCAAGAGAUGCGGGCAUGCGAGCUAUCUUUUAAAAGCUCACACGCAAGGGAUUUAUUUGUUCUGAUCCUGAUGCAACCAAGCAAUCAGUACGUAGAGAGCGUGAAUGGAUCUCCCAAAGCAGGCGGAGCUAAGAGCUCUUCAGCAUGGUACAACCCGAAGGGUUCUGGUAGCUACAUUGGCGCAGCAGGGUUCCGGUUACUCGCACGAUUGACGUCAGCAUUAAUGAACCAGUGUGCAGUCCAUGAAGACUACUCGACAGCUCGCGGAAUCCUUCAAGUCGCAACUCAGUACUAUCACUACGUGGAGGACAAGCACAGCGGCAUCGGAUUCGCUAAGAAAGAGUAUCUUGUGACGCCUCUGCGGUUGCUACCCAUUUGUCGAUCGCUGGAUCUCUGGCAACACGCGUUUAUCUGCGAGAUCGAUGCUGCGAACCAAGCAGACCCGACCGAAUCGGACGAAGAAGGGCCCGAGACUGUAGGAGACGAACUCUUCUUUUCUGUGAUUGGGAGUCUGAUGUACGAUAUGCUCAACUUCGAGGUACCGCUCCAAAAAGUGCUGACGUUCGUGACAGUCAUGUGCUCGACAUAUCAGAAGGAAAAGGAAUUAUUAGACACACUGAAGCAACUUGCAGAAAAUGUGUACCGUGCUCUCGAUAUGUCCAAGGACAUCAAGCCGUCUCCACCAAAGGAUGCUGUGCAGCCCAGGAUCCACGCAAAGACCAUACACAAGUCGACACCUUCUGCUCCUGCCAAGCCGGAGCUUCCUCCCGAGUCUACUGCGUCUGCAGCACCAGUGGUGUUUGCUGAGAGUCCAGUGUUAUCACGCGAGUAUGAUUUGAACACGGUCAUUCGUCGCAAGAUGUCGGUCCGGGAGAUGCCUCAACUCAGUCAGGUGAAGACAGGGGGUCUGGCGGAUGAGCGAAGGUUCAAUGACAAUCAACACGCAGCAGAUUGGAUGAGUAGGACUCCACCAACACGUCGAAGAAGAAGUAGUGCUAUCUUCCCAAGUGCAGUGUUGGCAAGCUCCGGCUCACCGGUACUGUGUCUGGCUACCAACAACGAUCGUGCAGCUUGUGGCAUGGCUGAUGCGCAUGUGAACGUCGUCGACAUCGAUCCGUCCGAAGAGGAGAAAGGCAUCCGACUUGACGGUCAUAUUGACGCUGUGGUGGCGAUACAGAUGCGUGGGAAUGCCCUGAUCUCAGGGUCUCGAGACCAUACUCUACGUGCAUGGGACCUGCGUGCAACACCCAAAAAGCGCAACAUGUUUGCGUUUUUCUCCUUGUCCUCCACUAGUAGCAACACUAUGAACUCUACGGAAGACAGUGAGGUGGAUGGUGCGUCUGUAUCGAAGCGGAGUAUCGUGAUGCGUGGACAUUUGGAUGCAAUCACGUGUAUGGAGCUGGGACAUCAGCUUAGGAGCUGCAGUGUCGCACUCUUAAGUGGCCACAAAGCUAUUGGCAAGCCAUCAGACAACGGCGGUGUAAGCUGUCUACGCUUGCUGGCAAGUGACGAUGACCUAGCGCUGGGUUAUCGUCGUCGCACAGUGCAGAUUUGGGAUCUCGCGGUGUGUAAGCUGAAGGUUAAUGUGGAGGCUCAUCAAGCUGGUGUACGAGACUUGCAGGUAUCUGGUACUCGACUUGUGACGGCGGCGAAUGAUCGCGUUGUGAAGGUGUGGGAUACGGCAUUUCGUGGCACGGGAGGUACAGUGGAAGCCGUGCAGGAGCUGUGUGGACAUGGUGGUCCUGCUCAAUGUGUGAGUCUCGGAGGACCUGCAGAUCCUACUAUAUGCACGGGUGCUGCUGAUGGUCUGGUUCGAGUUUGGGACCUCCGAUACGUGCAACGAGGCCCUCGAUUAACUUUGCGUGGUCAUACGGGCCCAGUGACGCGUCUGCAGCGUGACUUCACGAAACUUGUGUCAGCAGGAGAAGACGGAUGGAUUCGAGUGUGGGAUAUGCACUCGGGGUCGUGUCUGCGGGAGAAGAAGGUGCACUCGUCUGGGGUGACUUGCCUUGAAAUGCGAGAUUCACUUGUGUAUUCUGGCUCAUGGGAUGGCUCGGUGCGAGUUUGGGAUAUUGAGAACGUCAAUACUUCUGGUCAAGCAACGGGAUAG